CACACACACACACACACACACACACACACACACACACACUAUGUCCGGGGUGUGACAAGGCUCUCAGAGGGAGCCAUCAAGGCCUAAAGGUCAGGAGGAGAGGGAUGAGGUGGAGGAGGAGGACGAGGAAGGAGAGAGAGAGAGAGGAGGAUGCAGAGCUGUGGCUCGCUGACAUCUCGACUCGUGUAGCCGCGGCGGGCGGGUGUGGCGUGCAGGCCGCGCUGGCUCGGGCUGUGUGUGUGUGUGUGUGUCUGUGUGAGCUCCGGUGCACAAGUGUGGUGGCGGCCCCGUCGACCACACGCACCUCCCCGCGCGGCGCCCACGGCUGAGAGGCGAGUCCUGCGUGUCCUGCCCCGCCCUGUGUCCCCGCGUGUCGGUGCCGCCCUGUGCCGCUCAUCUCGUGCGGAUGAAUGGCAGCAGACAGGUGGAGGAGGCGCCGGGAAGUGAGGUGACCCGCUAUCCUGCCGCCGUUCAGCAUCGCGGUGUAGUUGGUGCUCUGCCGCCGCCACGCCAGGCCCAGCGCCGCCCCUCUCCCGCCGGCGGCCAGGACGGUGCUCACCCAUAGGCACGUCCUCGCGGGGUGACGGUGAGGGUGAUUGGGGAGCAGCGGCCACCUGUGCUCACCUGUGUCCGCCUGACCCCCCCUCCCCCCUGCUGGCCGCACCACGCUCAGGACGGGCUCGUGUGCGCCUCUCCGGCCAGUCCUCGUGUGGCUCCCCGGUGCUCAGACCUUCGUAGUCCCAGUAGUGCGUGGUAGCCUCGCCGUAGCCGCGAGACAGGCCAUCGUGUAGAGCUGUGUAGUGUGAGCUUGAGCUUUGCCCGUGAGUGUAGUGUGUGCGGACGUGCGGACGUGAAGCUCAUUAUUCCUCUGUAGAAAAGUGUUAGCCAGCGAGUGUGUGUGAGUGUGUCUGUGUGUGUGGCCUGGCCUGGAUAGCCUUCCUGUUGUCUAGGGCAGCUGUCGUGAUAAGUGUCGUAAAAAAGAAAGUCUGUAGAAAAAGUAGCAGCCAAGCGCGUGGGUAGCCAUCGCGUCGCACGGAGCUGGAGUAGUCGCGGCUAGAGGCUGUGCGAGGCCGACACCGCUUCUAGUAACCGCUGGGGCUGUCGUAGUUGAGCCUCGCCUACACCUGCGUCUGUAGUGUCUCCCAGUGUAGGUGUAGCCCAGGGAGUCUAGCGUCCCUGGUGUAGCCGCGAGGUAGUCUGGAGGGCGCCGCUGUAGGCCUUCUACCACCUGCUUCCCUGUGUAGCGUCGUAGUGAGGCGGUAGUCCCGUGAGCCUCUUCGCUGCUGUCCUCGCGUCGUGUAGUGCCGCAAGUCAAUCCUCGUAGCCUCGUCAGGGCAGCGGCCUCAGUGCGUCGCCCCGCCGCUUGUGUCCGUGUGUGUGUGGCGGUGCAGCGCUGGUGAUGCUGGGCUGGAGGGUGGCACACAGGCCCCCCCGCCGCCGCUGCCCGCCGCCCCCCUCCCCUUAGUAGCCUUACCGCCACCAUGCUGCAAGUGCCCGAAAUCAGGGGCCCCGACGAGGACGAAGACGAGGACUGCUCUUCGUCCCCGGGUAUGCGCCUCCAGGUCCCGGAAUUCUCCUUCCUGGCGCCUCCAGAUGACCCUCCUGAUGGGGGUAGAGGCUGCGUCCACUUGCAGGUGCCCGAGAUGGGGCGCUACGGGCCCCCGGGAGCCAACCUGGCCGGCUCAGCGACGCGCCUCGAGCCCCCGAAAACCCUGCACCUGUCCCUGCCGCCUUUCCCUCAGGGGGGCGUGAGCAGCUUACUGCAGGUGCCCGGCGGCUACACAGGCCCCAGGAGGAGACACUCUUGGAUCUGCAGGUGAGGACAGGUGGAGGAUUACUCGUUUGGAUGCUUACCUGUGCGUCCUCCUCCCCAUCACACUCUCCCUCUCAUCUGCCAGUCAUCGUCAUCACUAUCCCGGAUCCUCAAGACAUCUCACCAUUCUAGUCACUGUCAUCACCAACACUAACACCUCGCACUGUCAUCCACGCCCUCAUCGUCUUUCCUUUUUAACACCCACAUCAGUUCACGUAUACAUCUCCCCAGCAUCACCAUUCUUCCCCAUCACCAGCAUCACCAUUCGACCCAAUCACCACCCACCAUCUCCCUUCUACACCAUCACCUCCACCCUUUGCAAUUCAUCACCCCGACACCUCAGAAUGUACCUUACUCCCUUUCACCUUACCUGUCCUUGAGUGUGGAAAGGCGUGGG